AUGAAAUUUUGGUUAAUGUUAAUCGUACAUCGCUUUAUCAGACUUACUCCAGCUUACCUUGUUACAGUUAUCUUCUUUACGGGUUUAUUAAACCAUAUAUACGAUGGACCAUUUUUUCCUCAAGAUAUACAUUCACCAGUAAUCGAGAAUUGUCGAAAACAUUGGUAUUUCUUUUAUUUAACUAAUGUAGUCGAUUUUAAGAAUAGUUGUUUACAAUGGUCUUGGUAUAUUGCAAAUGAUAUACAAUUCACUGUAAUUUUGGCUCCAAUUUUCAUAACUUUACUUAUGUGGAAACGAAUAACUGGAAUUCUAUUCGCUCUUUCAUUUAUUCUAUUAUCUUCAUUAAUCACUUAUUUCACUGCCUAUAUUCAUUCAUUUGAAAUUAUGGAUAUAGUUAAAGAAGAAAUCUAUGUGAGACCAUACACACGUUGUGGAACAUAUAUGUUUGGAAUGUUAACCGGCUGGUUAUUAUAUGAUUAUCCUAGAGUUGAAAUGAGAAAUACACGGAGAAAUCAGAUUUUUAUUGUAUCAAUUGGUUACCUAGUCGCAGCAUUUCUUUUCGUUCUACCAAUAUUUGUUUCCUAUGGUGUAUUGAGUGGAUUACUGACUGAAAUGAGUCAUAGAACAGCAGCCGCUUAUUUAGCAUUCCAUCGUCUGUCGUUUACUUUAGGCAUUGGCAUUUCAGUUUACUUAUGUGCAACAGGAUGGGGAAAGCCUAUUUACAAUCUAUUUGCAUGGUCUGGAUUUCGUGUACCAGCUCGUCUUACUUAUAGUGCUUACUUAAUUCAUCCUAUCCUUGUUAUAAUAUUCAUUAAUGGUGCACAAACUCCAUUUAUCAUAGAUCAAUUGGAGGUUGUUCGUUUAACAACUUCAACAACUGUAUUCAGUUAUAUCGUAGCGUAUAUCCUAUCAAUGACAACUGAAUAUCCUAUAAGUAUAUUAGAGAAAUAUCUCUUUCGUUAA